AUGGUGAACAUGGAAAAUCCCAGGAGGAAAUACAUUGAACUGGAAAUCAUUGGCAGUGGGACUUUUGGAGAGGUUUAUAGAGCACUCGACACUGCCACAGGAGGAGAGGUGGCCAUAAAGAAAAUAACUCUUCAAGGCCUGAUCAGGAGGGAAGGAGCCGUUAAUGAACUCAUGUUCAUGAAAAUGAAUAAGAACCCCAACAUUGUGAACUGUUUAGAGAGCUACCUUGUGGAUGAGCGCCUCUGGUUGGUGAUGGAGUACAUGGACGGAGGCACUCUGAGUGAUGUCAUCACUGAGACUCGCAUGUCUGAAGACGAGAUUGCAGUUGUCAGUCGGGAGUGCCUGCAAGGACUGGAUUUUCUUCACUCAAACCAUGUGAUCCAUCAGGAUGUGAAAAGCCGCAACGUCCUUCUCAGAACCGAUGGCUCUGUCAAGCUGGCUGAUUUUGGCCACUUUGCUCAGUUCAUCCCUGAGGAGAGUAGACGGAGCUCAGUGGCUGGCACUUCUGGGUGGAUGGCACCUGAAAUCGUGGCAAGUCAACCAUAUGGUCCCAAUGUGGACAUAUGGUCUUUUGGAAUCAUGGGCAUCGAAAUGGUGGAAAGAGAAGUUCCUUACUGGAAUGGAACUCCUGUCUCGGCUCAACGCCUGAUAGCAAGAGGAGGGACCCCAAAGCUGCAGCAGCCUAAGCUCCUCUCAGCUUUGCUACGUGACUUCCUGCAAUGCUGCCUGCAGAGAGAUGAAGAGCAGCGCUGGUCUGCCAAGGAGCUCCUGCAGCAUCCAUUUGUAGCCUUUGCUGAGCCUGCAUCCAGCCUGGCGCCCCUGAUAAUUUUAGUGAAGAGGAAGAAGAAGAAAACCAUCAGAACCAUUUACUCCACGACCACCUCAGAGCUGGUCCCCUCCACCUCCAGCGUGGGCCUGGCAGGGCUGGGCCCCACCUCUGCUGCAGCACUGGCCAGACCAAGCCACGAGAUCCUGGCGCAGCCUGAAACCGAUCACUGUGACUGCUUCAGCCACCACCCAGCAGAAACCAUCAUGACCACUUCAGGCCCUGGGUGA